UUCGCGCGCUCGCCUGAUGAUGGCUUUUCGGAGUGUUAUUUCUUCUCGCAUCCCUAUGGUGAUAAUUUUAGGUGCAACUGGAACAGGAAAAACAAAGUUAAGUGUGGAAUUGGCUCAGAAAUUUGGAACUGAGAUCAUCAGUGCAGAUUCCAUGCAGAUAUACAAAGGACUAGAUGUGGUGACGGCCAAAGCGAGCGUCCAGGAGCGAGAGUUGGUGAAGCACCACCUGAUGGACAUACUGGAGCCCCAUCAGAUGUUCACCGUCGUGGACUUCAGGAACAGGGCACUUAAGAUUAUCGAGAAUUUAACAGAACUGGGAAAAAUACCCAUAAUCGUGGGAGGGACUAAUUAUUACAUAGAAUCAAUUGUUUAUAAAAUACUUGUCGAAGAUACGGAUGAUACAGAAGCCCUGCUUUGGGAUAAAAGUAGACGAAAAAGAGAUUUUGAUAGCGACGAUGAAGAUGAAAUAAAAAAGAGAAGGAUUUCUCCUGAUAGUAGUUCAAAAAUUGACCCACAAAGUUCUGAACCACAAACAGAUAAUCAAACCGUAUUAGAAAUUAAUGAUGUUAAUAAAAGUACGCAUAGCAAAGGAAGCGUGAAAGACGUAAAUGUAUUUAAGGAAAAACUUAAACAAGAUGUGGAUAACGAAAAAAACUUAUCAAAUGAAGAAAUACACGAAAAAUUGAAUUCCUUUGAUCCUGUUAUGGCGGCACGGCUGCACCCUAACAAUAGGAGGAAAGUAUUAAGAUCGAUAGAGGUUUACCUGAAGACGGGUCGUCUGCACAGCGAGAUCCUGGCGGAGCAGAAGCUCAGCGAAGGUGAACUCAGGAGGCCAGGGUCCACCAUCAUAUUCUGGCUGAAAUGUGAACAGUCCGUGCACGAUCAACGUCUGGACAAUCGUGUGGAUCAGAUGCUGGAAGAGGGGCUCAUCCGGGAACUGCUGGACUUCCACGACAGCCACAACAAGCACAGGAUCAAGGAUGGCAAGCCCCCGGAUUACACCAAAGGCAUCUUCCAAACACUAGGAUUCAAGGAGUUCCAUGAUUAUCUGAUGAUGACGGAAGACCAGAGACAAUCAGAAGACGGGAAGAAACUACUCCAGCUUAGCAUAGACAAUAUGAAGAUGGCGACUAGGAGGUACGCGCGUCGGCAGAACAAAAUGGUUAAGGGGAGAUUUUUACAGCAUCCUUUUAGACAGGUUCCUCCAGUUUACGAAUUAGAUACCACAGAUAUAUCAUUAUGGGAAGAAAAUGUCAAAGGGAAAGCCGAAAAAAUUAUAGAAAGUUAUCUACACGAAUCGCCCUGUGAAUACGAACCAUUAAAUUUAAAAUUAGAUGAAGAGAAAAAGAACAUAGACGGCAACUCACGUAAUUAUUGUGAAGUUUGUAAUCGGUUAAUAAUCGGAGACAAAACAUAUAAAAUUCAUUUGAAAUCCAAUAGGCAUAUGAAAGUUAUCAAGUUAAAGAAAAAAUUAGAAAGAGAGAAACCUCAAGAAACUCAAUAAAUCUACAGUAUUUAGUUUAAUUUAUUAAAUAAAUGUGUUGUUAUGUUGAUAUGGAAAAUAAAAGAACAUUGU